UGACCCAGAAUGGCUGUUCUUAUGUUGUUAAGGAAUUUAGUCCAGCCAAACAGACUCUGCUAAUGCUUCUUACCUUAUAUAGGGAAUGGGGAACACAGGAGCAGGGCUGUGGAGAUGGAAAAGGCGCGAUAUCCCCUGUGGGUUUCAGAGAUCCCAGUGGAACUUCCAGAGCGAGGGAGAAGUCCAGUCUCUGCGCUCUGGACUCAGUUCAGCCCAAUGAGACGUGCCUGGCAUAACGAGCUUUAUGAGAGCUGCUGAAGCAUGAGAAAGAGGCAGACACGUUGGGUCUGUCAGAGCAGCGUGAUCCACCCAGGGUAUGGCCACCAGCGAUAUUUGGGGUUUGAUCCCCGGGUUCCAUUUGCUUUUCCAUCUCCCAAAAGGAGUGAUUGUAUAAUGGUUAGAGCAGAGGCUGGGAGUCAGGAAUCCUGAGUUCUCGUCCCAGACUUGCUGUGUGACCUUGAGGCAAGUCACGUCCCAGCUUGCUGCCUCAGUUUCCCCAUCUGUAAAGUGGGAAUAAUGCCGAACACACAGGUGUUGAGGGUUUAAUUGCUUUGAGAUCCACAGCCAGAGGGUGCUAUAAAUAGUGCAGAGGGGUCCGGUUAUUAGCUGGGCCCUCUGUAGCUGCAAGGAGAGUGUUACUGUGUCCAAGCACAGGCCAUGCUGUAACUAGAGCACGUCACACGUCCUUAAGGUCUUGGAGAGGGUGAUUUAAAGAGCAGGGAGAGGCUGGGGGGAGUAAAGGAAAAGGAGUCUGAGCAGCACGUAGGGUUGUUACCCGAUGGGUCGGGACUCAAGUGAAUAGCUGCCUCCUGUCCAAGGGAAGAGACGCCCUAGGACACCAAUCUAGUUCAGGAAGAACCUGGCUGUCUUCCGCCGUCCUAUGCCCUUUCCCCACCCCUCCUCCCAUGCAGGUCUCCGCAGGCUGAUACUGCCUCUGAAGCAAGGGGCUGGGACUCUGCUUCGGAGCCCAGCUGCCUGACCCAGAGGAUGAGGUGCUUCCUGAGAGCAGCAUCUGAGCAGAGAUGGGCUUGAUCCGAACUUGAGUGGCAUGAAGAUCCGGAUCGGUCCCCCUGCCCAUCCCUAGCGGUGAUUGCGACUCUGCGUGGCCGGGGCCGGAGCAGAGCGACAGCGAGCUGAGCUGCCCUUCCAAAAUUAGAGAAGGAAAAAGGUCACCCGGGAGUUGUGAGCCAAGCAGCUGCUGUAUUCCUCCAGCCCUCUGAUCCCCCUCAUUACUAGGCACCUCCCCGCCCCGUCUCCAGCUGCACAAGCCCGGAGUGUCCCCGGCAGUCGCCCUUCCUCCUGGGGCUAUUUAUAUCCAUAAACCCAGAAUGGGUGGUGGGGAAGAGGAAGCUGACAGGCAGUGCUGGCAGGAGAAUGCAACGGGCAGAAUGUGGAGGAAACGGUGCUCCAUUGAAAACAAUUAUAUUCCCUCCUCCUCCUCCUCCUCUUCGGUCUCUGCCUCAGGUGACUCUGAGGAGGAAGACAUGGGGUUCCUGGAGGUCACGGUCCCGGACAUGAAACACCCGUCUCCAGAGCUCGGCCCCAUGCCGGAUGGAUUAAGCCCUCAGCAGGUGGUGCGGCGUCACAUCCUGGGCUCCAUCGUGCAGAGUGAGAGGAGCUACGUGGACUCGUUAAAGCGGAUUCUCCAGGAUUACAGACACCCCCUGAUGGAGAUGGAGCCCAAGGCCCUCAGCGCCAGGAAGUGCCAGGUGGUUUUCUUCCGUCUCAAGGAGAUCUUGCACUGCCAUUCCAUGUUCCAGAUCGCCUUGUUCUCCCGCGUGGCUGAGUGGGACACUACGGAGAAAAUCGGGGACCUCUUCGUGGCCUCAUUUUCCAAGUCGAUGGUGCUGGAUGUGUACAGCGAUUACGUGAAUAACUUCACCAAUGCCAUGUCUGUGAUCAAGAAGGCCUGUCUCACCAAGCCCGUGUUCUUGGAGUUCCUCAAGAAGCGGCAGAUGGCAAGCCCUGACCGGGUCACGCUCUACGGGCUGAUGGUGAAGCCCAUCCAAAGAUUCCCUCAGUUCAUUCUGUUGCUGCAGGAUAUGCUGAAGAACACACCGACAGGCCACCCGGACAGGCUGUCGCUCCAGCUCGCCCUCACCGAGCUGGAGACGCUGGCGGAGAAACUCAACGAGCAGAAGCGAGUGGCCGACCAGAUUGCUGAGAUCCAGCAGCUGAUCAGGAGCGUCAGCGACCGCAGUAGCCUUAACAAGAUGCUGAAUUCAGGGCAGCACCAGCUGCUGCUUUGCGAGACCCUGACGGAGACCGUUUACGGGGACCGUGGCCAGCUGAUCAAAUCGAAGGAGCGCAAGGUGUUCCUGCUGAAUGACAUGCUGGUGUGCGCCAACAUCAACUUCAAGCCCGUGAGUACAAGAGGCCAGCUGGAAAUCAGCAGUCUCGUCCCUUUGGGCCCCAAGUAUGUCGUGAAAUGGAACACUGCCCUCCCGCAGGUGCAGGUGGUAGAAGUUGGGCAGGAGAACAGCACAUACGACAAAGACAACGUGGUCAUCCAGAACGCGGGAGCCAAAAAACAUGCUUCGGCCAGCCAGUCGUCCAAUAAGGUGUACCUGGGCCCUCCACGGCUCUUCCAGGAGCUCCAAGAUUUGCAGAAGGAUCUGGCUGUGGUGGAGCAGAUAACCCUUCUCAUCAGCACCCUCCAUGGCACCUACCAGAAUCUGAACAUGACUGUGGCCCAGGAUUGGUGCCUGGCCCUGCAGAGGAUGAUGAGAGUGAAGGAGGAGGAGAUCCACUCGGCCAACAAGUGCCGCCUCCGUCUCCUGCUUCCAGGGAAGACGGACAAGUCUGGCCGUCCCAUCAGCUUCAUGGUGGUCUUCAUCACCCCAAACCCACUGAGCAAGAUCUCCUGGGUGAACCGCCUGCACUUGGCGAAGAUAGGACUGCGGGAGGAGAACCAGCCUGGAUGGAUGUGUCCUGAUGAAGACAAGAAAAGCAAAGCUCCCUUCUGGUGUCCCAUCCUGGCAUGCCGCAUACCUGCCUUCUCCUCCAACGCCCUCGACCUGCAGCUUGGAGCCGUGGUGCACAAUCCUGUCCAGUCCUCGCUGCUGGGCUUCUCUGCUGUGAGCACCUCCCUCCCGCAGGGGUAUCUGUGGGUUGGAGGAGGCCAGGAAGGCGCAGGAGGCCAGGUGGAGAUCUUCUCACUCAACCGCUCGGUGCCCCGCACGGUAAAGUCCUUCCCGGUGGCCUCCCAGGUGCUCUGCAUGGAGUACAUUCCUGAGAAGAGCAAGGAGGAGCAAGAGGAGGGGAAAGCGGAGGAUUCGAGAGCUGCAGCUGACCAGCCCUCCGCUCCACAUCCCACCAUCUGUCUGGGGCUGCAGGAUGGCAGCAUCCUGGUGUACGGCAGCGUCGACACGGGGACCCAGUGCUUGCUGACCUGCAGCCCUGGGCGGCAGCCUGUCCUCUGCCUGAAGCAUAGCCCCGAGUACCUGUUUGCCGGACUGCAGAACGGCACCGUAGCUGCUUACGCCAGAAACAACGGGGGGCUGUGGGAUCUCGAGGCGCAGCCCACUUGUCUGGAGGUGGGGGCCGGACCGGUGCGAACCCUGCUGACGCUGGAUGACACCGUGUGGGCCAGCUGUGCCAACCAGGUCACCGUGCUGGAUGCUGCCAGCCUGCAGGCUCAGCAAACCUUUGAGGCCCACCCGGACGAGGAAGCCAGUGUGACGCACAUGAUCAAGGCGGGCAGCGGCGUCUGGAUGGCCUUCUCCUCGGGGUCCUCCAUUCGCCUCUUUCACACCGAGACCCUGGAGCAUCUGCAGGAGAUUAACAUAGCAACGCGGACCACCUUCGUCCUGCCAGGCCAGAAGAACGUCCGUGUCACCAGCCUGCUGAUCUGCCAGGGGCUCCUGUGGGUUGGCACGGACCAGGGCAUCAUCGUGUUACUGCCUGUGCCCAGGCUGGAGGGCAUCCCCAAAAUCACUGGGAAAGGCAUGGUCUCUCUGAACGGCCACUGUGGCCCUGUGGAAUUCCUGGCCGUGGCCAUCAGCACCCUGGCCCCGGACGUGCUGAAGAACGACAAGGAGGAGGAGGGCGGCCAGGAGGAGAAGCCGGAUGGCCCGUCUCCAGAGCUGUCUGCCCUCGACAAGCCCCCGGCCGGGGAGAUGAGGAAGAAGGGGAUCCUCCUGAAGUACCGCCUCCACUCCACCUCCCACCUGCCCGGGCAGCUGCUCUCAGUGAAAGAUGCCCCUCCGGCGCCGGGCGGGAGCACCCUGGAGCACAGCGAGGAGGACGGCUCCAUCUACGAAAUGGCCGACGACCCGGACAUCUGGGUGCGGAGCAGGCCGUGUACCCGGGACACUCACCGCAAGGAGAUCUCCUCGGUGGCCAUCAUCUCCGGCGGGCGGGGCUAUCGGAAUUUCAACCCCAGCAGCAAGCUGCCGGCCUGCAGCGAGACGGACAGCACUCUUCUCAUAUGGCAGGUCCCUUUGAUGCUAUAGCGUCAACGGCAUCCGCUACCCGCAACGCAGCACUUAGGGUGGCUAACUCUGGCUCCGGACUCGUGCCAAGCCCCAUGAGGAGCGGCCUGCACCAGGGAAUGCUGGGAUUGUAUCUGCUACCGUCCCAGGCCGACCUAGGGAAUGACUUGCCCGCUGCUCAGGAGGGGGUGAAGCCUCUUCCACUUACCAAACAAAUGAACACCCCUCCUCACUCCCCUUUUUUUAAAGACUUUUUUUCAAAUGUACUAUUCUUUUUCUUGAGAAACCAGCUCAUUUUUGGGGGGGUUCUUUUACCGUUGCGGGGUGUGUCGGGAGCAGCACCCUCCCUGCGGGCUGAGGAGGUUUGCUGAGCUCUUGGGCGCGUCCCUUCCGAAGGGGGCGUGAGCGUCUGUGUGUCUGUGUGUGAAUAUAUGAAUAUAUAUAUAUAUAUAUAUAUAAAUCUAAUUCUGUAUAUUGUUACGGGUAUAAAUAAAACCAUCUGUAUAUAUUGUGGCAUCCAGAAGUGCAGGAAUAAAAAGGGGGCGCACAUUGCAA